AUUCUAUUGUUGUUUAAAAUGGAAUAUUUGCAUAUUUUCUUCACUUAUAAUUGGAAUUUAUUUCUUUCUACAAUAUCCUAAACACAGUUCUACAAAACAAUAACAUUACAGUCAUGGAGAACGUUAAUUUUAGUGAGAAAGUCGAAAAUUAUUUUUCGGAACUGGGUCGAUGUGGGGUGGGUGCCGCGCUGGUAGGUGGCGCGUGGCGAGGGCAGAGGCUGGGAGUGGCGCAUGUGGCAGGCGCUACACUGGGACUGAUGGCAGUAGUCUGCGUUGUAUGGGCCGACGUUGAGGGUGCUCCUACUGAUGGAAAAAACCAACUUGUUGGAGACAUGCUUUGUCUAGGAGGAUCACUGCUGUAUGCUGUAGUCACUGUACUCCAAGAAAUAAUGCUCAGGACGCACUCAUGUGCUGAAUACCUUGCUGUACUUGGCUUUAUUGGCAGCAUCUUGUCGUGUACUCAGACAUUUUUGCUAGACUUUGAAGAGCUUUUGACUUUUAACUGGUACGAGUUUGAUACAAUUGCUCAGCUGGGAAGCUACUGUGGAGUUCAGACAGUGUUUCAAAUAUUGCAGAGCUUCAUGCUGAAAGAAGCUGGCGCUAUUAUAUUGCAUUUGUCGUUUUUGUCUGCGGAUUAUUAUACGUUGAUCGCUGGGAUGUACAUAUUCCAGUUUAAGUUCCACGCGCUGUACUUCCUGUCGUAUCUGCUAGCGAUGGUGGGGGUAUUCCUGUUCAGCGCACGCUCAACCUCUCCUCCCGCGCCCGCACUGUUGCCGCAACUGAUCAACGACUCCGUGCAAUCGCAGGACAACGUCUCUAUGGAAUACACAGUACCGACGUUGGACUGUAUACCGCUGUCCGAAGGCCUCGAACCGCCGAUGAGUAGGGACACCACAUUCACGUCGUUCCUCGGCGGACCGCAGGCCAAUAUGCCCAGCUUACCAAACGGUACUGUCACUUUUGGUCACCCUAACGGUACACCUAAUGAUAAUGAGAAAGAUAUAGAUCAAGACUAGGCAUCUUCAUUUCAUAAGUAUUAUAAUAUACAAAAAUACACGGUGGCUUUUGGUUCGACUUAGAACGGCGACCUCGUUAAAAUAAUUUAUUAAUUCGGUGUAAGAAAUACCCUACAGCGAAUGCAAACCGUUUGCGUCCGUCUAUCAUUGUUUCCAGUCAUUCUUCUAGCUAUAUUAUGUAUAAUUUUUUAAAUAUUGCCUAAAGAUUACCUCAUAAAGAUGUUGAGACGGUAUUUGGUUAGUGUCUUUUUGUGUGUAUACUUUUUUAUUACCCGACUACGGGAGGGUAAUGUAGUUAAUAAAAUGAUGAUUUUGGUGCAGUCAUAAUAAUUUAGUGUUUUACCGGCGUAUGACAUAUGGGAAAACAUUUUAAAUCUUUAGGUAUUCGU